CAAUAACAAUACAAUGAUCACGAGGUUUGAGUUUUAAGUUUUGAUUGUUCAGUCUCGACCUACAUCCAUUUAGGCGAGUGAGAAGUAUUAACGGAAUCUUGACUUGUAUGCUAUUGUCGCAUGCAGAGGUGUCAUUGCGAGAUUACUUAGAACAAGGCUUCCGCAUCCACCUGUUGCGCUGUUCAUAUGUAGCAGAGAUGAUGAUGCCAGGAUACAUCACAACGGUAGCGAGAACAGGUUUAUCAAGGAAGGUGGGGUCGAUGGCCUUCCUACAGUGCAUGUUUCUAUCGCUGUUGUUGCGGGCCGCUGCUCACUCUGUAGAUGAGCGUCAAGAUGAAAUUUACGCAAUGUUUCAGAAUGGAUUUCCAAACGAAGUUACCCCACAAACCUAUCCCUCUAACUUUACAUUCGCCUCCUACUAUGGGAAUCACAUGGUUCUACAAAGGGCACCGAGACAGGCCAUCAUCUGGGGGUACUCCCCGAACAUCAGAGAGGUCAUCAAGGUCAAGGUGGAAGGUCAGGAGACAGUCUCAGGAAGGGUUUACAAAGACAGCAUCUACGGUGUCGGCAUCUGGAAGGUGACCUUGCCCCCUGUGUCCCUGCCAGGACCGUUUACAAUCAAAGCCUCAUCAGCUACGGAGAUGAUCACCUUGACGGAUGUCCUGUUUGGGGAUGUGUGGAUCUGCUCAGGCCAGUCCAACAUGCAGUUUACUGUCAACAGGAUGUUCAAUGCAACAGCUGAAAUAGCUGCAGCAUCCAACUUCACCAACAUCCGACUUUUCAGUGUUGCUCUCAAGUUCAACCCCAAUGAAACCCUGGACCUACUGGCUGUCAAUGAAGGAUGGUCCCUGCCCAGUAGGAAGAGCCUGGUUGACCACACUGGGUCAGUUUACUUCUCAGCUGUCUGCUGGCUGUAUGGCAGGCUCAUGUACCAGGAAUUCGGGUAUCCAGUUGGACUGAUCGACACAUCCUAUGGCGGCACACCAAUCGAGGCCUGGUCUUCAACAGAUGCCUUAGCACAGUGCGGAAUAUCUCCCACAGACAUUGUGGAUUCAUACAUAUAUGAGUUUGAGAAGACCCUGCCUGGCUACACCAAUUCCCACACACCCACCCAGCUCUGGAACUGUAUGAUCCACCCGCUACUUAACAUGACCAUAUAUGGAGUCAUCUGGUACCAAGGAGAGAACAAUGCCAUACCUCACUCCAACACCCACAAGUACAACUGCACCUUCCCUGCAAUGAUCUCAGACUGGAGACUCAAGUUCAACCAGGGAUCACUGGGACAGACUGACAAACUCUUCCCUUUUGGAUUUGUUCAGCUUGGACCCAAGGACCCCAAGCCUUCUGUACAAUCUGGGUAUGCUGAGAUCCGCUGGCAUCAGACCGCUGACUAUGGCUAUGUCCCAAAUCCUAAGAUGGAGAAAACAUUUAUGGCUGUUGCCAUGGAUCUGGCAGACUUUGGAUCUCCAUAUGGAUCGGUCCAUAUUCGAGACAAGCCUGACGUUGCUAGGAGACUGUACCUGAGUGGACUGAGAGUAGCCUAUGGUAAGGAGGUGCUAUCUGCUGGCCCUCUACCUACCACAGUUGUAGAGAACUCAACCCAGCUUAUCCUGACUUAUCAGGAAAAAAUCCUGUACCGUAAUCUGGAAGGAUUUGAGGUACUGUGCUCUGUGCCGAGCACUAACAACACAAUCUGGACCCCCAACCCCAUCUUGUCUGCCCUCCCCAGAAGCAUCACACUGUACUCCCUGGUGUGUGGGGAGGGGCAGACUAUCCUGGGGCUCAGAUACAGCUGGAGGGAGUCCCCCUGUGCCUUCAAGACCUGCACAGUAUACUCGGCUGAAAACCCUCUCCUCCCUGGACCUCCCUUCCUGGCAUACAACAAGAUGACCGGAGUGGCCGGGACAGUUCAUGUCAUAGACUGGAACACACCGACUGUCAUUCACUAAACAGUCUCCCUUCCUGGUGUACCAGAUGACCCAGCUGACAGUUCAUACAGGAACACUCUGACUGGACUUCCCUUCCUGGUGUACCAGAUGACCCAGCUGACAGUUCAUACAGGAACACUCUGACUGGACUUCCCUUCCUGGUGUACCAGAUGACCCAGCUGACAGUUCAUACAGGAACACUCUGACUGGACUUCCCUUCCGAAUGGUCCAGAAGAUGGCCAGGGUGGCUGGACCAAUUUAUGUGAAAAACUUUAUCAAUCUGUCUGCCGUUCUUUGAAAUGACCUCACUUCUUGACUUCCCAGAUGUUCAAGUAUUGGAAUGUCCUUAGCAGCUAAUGGUCUUCAAUUUUGUAAAGGGAAAUAACUCCAUCUGCAAAAAUAUGAAAUUAGUUAACACAAAUUAGGAAAUCUGCCAGAGUUUGAAGAGCUGACUACUCAAGUUGAAGUAGGAUCAAUAUAUAAGCAAUAUUUUCCUGCGACCAAUCAGAAAUAUUUGGAGAUUUAAUGUUUGCAGAUCACCUCUAAUACUAACUUAUACUAAUAGUUCUAUAAAAUGGUCUCAAAUGUAUUUAGUCAUGUUUUAUAGCAUCGAAUGAAGUUAUAUACAUAACAAAUUUGUUUACCCAUGGUUAACCCAUGCAUAAAACAAUUCAACAAUUAUUACUUUUUACAGAAAGUAUUAUAUUUCAGGAUGUAUCUGACCAAUGCUAUUCUGAUUUAUUUUGUAUACAUAUUUAUGUUCAUUUUGUGCACAGUCCCAUUUCAGUAAAAAUCUAUAUUUUUUAAAUGUGUCAAAAAUGUUUUAAUAUAAAAAACACAUAUACAUAUACACAUACAGUAUUCAUGUAGUACAUAUGCUUCAUAUAAGGAGAUGUAAGAGUUAUUGAAAAUAUUUAAACUAUAGUUGUUCCUUCUUCUUACCAAUGUUUCAUCAUAAAAGGUUCACUGACAAAAUCCA